AUGCGUCAUCAGGCCGAAAAGUGGGGCAGCGAGGACGAGGCUGUUGGCGGUGAUGGUAAGAAGCGUACUGCGUUGCCGCAGCAUCCACAGCAUCCACAGCAGGCAACUUUUGAAGCUGCGACAUCGUUUGCGUCGCUGCGGCGGGAUUUGUCCCAGAAACCGCGAGACACAGGCGCGGGCGACAGGCAGGCGGUGACCUCCGGUGUUGCUCUGUCUCAUGAUGGCAAUCCCAAAUUCAUGGCUCGCAGGAUUCGAUUUUUCGACGACAUCAGUACCUCGUCCUCGUCUUUUUCUGCGGAGGCGAGAGAACCUGCAGGAUCGAAUGAGGAAAGCCCUAUGAGCGGAGAAGCGUUAUCUAUGGAGGCGAAAAAGCCUGCAAGAUCGAAUGAGGAAGGCCCCAUGAGCAGGGAAGCGUUAUCUACGGAGGCGAAAAAGCCUGCAGGAUCGAAUGAGGAAGGCCCCAUGAGCAGGGAAGCGUUAUCUACGGAGGCGAAAAAGCCUGCAGGAUCGAAUGAGGAAGGCCCCAUGAGCAGGGAAGCGUUAUCUACGGAGGCGAAAAAGCCUGCAGGAUCGAAUGAGGAAGGCCCCAUGAGCAGGGAAGCGUUAUCUAUGGAGGCGAAAAAGCCUGCAAGAUCGAAUGAGGAGAGCCCUAUGCGCAGGGAAUGGUUACGGACCCCUAAGGAGAGCGUUAAGGCGGAAGAAAAUAAGGAGCGUGCGUUUUGGCCAGCACCGCCCUCAUUUUCCACUCACGACGCGGCGAGUGCUUUUGCAACGCCUGUGGGUUUCAAUCAAGUGAACCCCUCCUUCAACAAUCCAGUAUGUGACGUGCUACCCGCACGGGCGGAGGUGAAUCCAACAUUCGAAACCAAAACGAAUGACCGGCAAGGUGGCCCUGGCCCACCGAGAGGCCGUGAGAAUGCGCGGGAUGACGAUGGUGUGCUGAGGAUGUGCAGGACGAUAAAGAAACGCCUGGAGGAUAUGUGGGAAUUUGGAGGGGAUACGGAUACACGUCUUCUUGUGAUGCUUCUCUCUACAGCUUUGGCCUUUGUAUUGACUGUUGUAGGGGCACCGCUCUCUCAGGUAGAUGUGGUGGGUGGUGCUUGCUACACGUACUGGGGCUACAAGGAGGACUGCGACAGCUCCAUUUACACCAAUCGCACCUCCUUAAUCACCUGCGAGCCUGUCCGGAAAAGACUCCAGGUGGGAGCUGCCUUCAGUAUAAUGACGAUUAUUGUUCUCUUAUUUGCAGUGGUGUGCUGUGGCCUGCUUCUGCGUCAUGAUUUGUUGAAGCUGCGCCUGUUUGUUCUCUUACUGUUGUUCAUCGCUUUCGUGUUUCAGAUGAUUUCGUGGGCUGCGGUAGCCAGUAUGUUUGGGAGUUGGUACUGCGAGGACGCACGGCUUCCACGGAGAACGGCGUACGGCGUUGCCUUUGGCAUGACUUUGACCUCGUGGUUUUUUAUCAUUGGUGGGGGCCUUGCUUGUGCCUUGCUGCAUGUUUAUUAG